AUGUCAGGUAGACGUGGAGCAUGUAGAAAUCGAAUGGGUGCACAAUACUUUGAUGAGUUUCGUACGCAUUUCUGGGAGAGGCCUGAAGAUGAAUUCAAUAGAAUCCGUACUAUUAAUACCUUAAAUCAUAGACCCUGCUAUCCGAAUUUCGUCUGA